AAUAAAACGAGGAAAAUCAAUUUUUCGUGUAGUUUGUCUUUUAUCUCCUACAAAAUGAAGCAUAUCCUCUUCGUUGCCAUUGUUGUUUUGCUCAAUACCGAGCUCGGCCUGGGCGCAAAUAUGCCACAUGACUAUCUUGACUGUCCAGAUCCAACAAAAGCAGCAACUAUGAUAUUCGAGAAACAAGUGCAGAGAGCAGGAAGGUGGUUCAGGUUUAUUGAGGAAACCAUUUCUUUUCCAGAAGUUGGAAUUAACAAGGAUCCUAUCACCUGUAUUAUGGUCAAAGACUUGGCUAAAGAUGGACAGGGAGGAUACGCAACAGUUGAUGGAAACGUUGGAGGAAACAGCGUCAAAAUAUAUCUUCGUUCACAACUAGGACAGGGUUUACAUUUCAGUGUAGCUGUGUAUACAUAGUAGGACGCAUUUUUUUCCUGGGUUUCUUGCUUCCAUCAAGAUACUUUCUUCGAAAUACUCUUAGCUGAUUUUAUGUUCCUUAGUAUAAAGAUGAACCCAGGCCAAUAAAGCUUUAUUGUUACUUUUUUUUUAUAAAGUUAAAGUUUUAAUAUUU